AUUGAUGCUUCCUGACGUCAGAUGAGAUCCAUUAAAAGGGGACUAAAUCCCCAGGGGACCAAGGGAGUGCCAACCAGGAGGGGACAGCAGCCACCUCUCCCCACAGACCAGGACUCAGGCUAUCCCGAGUGGAGGACCCAUUACUAACCGAUUGAGAUGGGGGAAAUGGAACAGAUGAGGCAAGAGGCCGAGCAGCUGAAGAAGCAGAUUGCGGAUGCACGGAAAGCCUGUGCUGACACUACACUUGCUCAGAUUGUGUCCGGGGUGGAGGUAGUUGGACGCAUUCAGAUGCGUACACGGAGGACCCUGCGUGGGCACCUGGCCAAGAUCUAUGCAAUGCACUGGUGCACGGACUCCAAACUCCUGGUCAGUGCCUCACAAGAUGGGAAACUAAUCGUGUGGGACACUUACACAACCAAUAAGGUUCAUGCCAUCCCUCUCCGCUCAUCCUGGGUCAUGACUUGUGCCUAUGCGCCCUCAGGGAAUUUUGUGGCCUGUGGGGGUCUCGACAACAUGUGCUCUAUCUACAAUCUCAAGACUCGUGAAGGCAAUGUCAAAGUGAGCAGGGAGCUCUCGGCCCACACAGGUUAUCUCUCCUGCUGCCGAUUCCUGGAUGACAAUAAUAUCGUGACGAGCUCCGGAGACACCACCUGCGCACUCUGGGAUAUUGAAACGGGACAGCAGAAGACUGUGUUUAUGGGUCACACUGGAGACUGCAUGAGCCUGGCCGUCUCCCCGGACUUCAAACUCUUUAUCUCCGGGGCCUGUGAUGCCACUGCCAAGCUGUGGGACGUACGGGAGGGAACCUGCCGUCAGACAUUCACAGGGCAUGAGUCGGACAUCAAUGCCAUCUGUUUCUUCCCCAACGGUGAGGCCAUCUGCACCGGUUCAGAUGAUGCCACCUGCCGUCUCUUUGAUCUGCGGGCGGACCAGGAGCUCAUCGUCUAUUCCCACGAGAGCAUCAUCUGUGGAAUCACCUCAGUCGCCUUCUCCCGCAGCGGACGUCUCAUGCUGGCUGGAUAUGAUGACUUUAACUGCAACAUCUGGGACUCCCUAAAGGGGGAGCGUGUGGGGAUCCUCUCCGGUCAUGACAACAGGGUGAGCUGCCUGGGGGUGACAGCCGAUGGUAUGGCUGUGGCUACUGGCUCCUGGGACAGCUUCCUCAAGAUUUGGAACUGAAGAGGAUGAUCAGGAGGAGAUUAUUGGGAGGAGGGUGUCCACACCAAACACAUUGUCAGUUGAGCACAAUUGGUAUUUCUACCUGUUAGUCACAGGCAUGUCUCUCUCUGAGUCUCUUGUUGGGGCUCCCUAGUCUGCAGGAGGGGGUCUAGGAGAAAGGAGCCCUCCAUUAGCUGUUCCCUCCAACCCACUUCCUAAAUAUGCCAUAAGGCUUUCAGCCUGGGACAGGUUGUAGGACCCCAGAUAAGCGAGACUGUUUCACAAGCUUUAGGAUCUUGCACUGCACACCCAGUGACACCCAUUCCUCCCAACUGACUCCACAGCAUUUUAUCCCUACAUUGUGCCCCCACCCCGAUCACCCACCAGAAAGAAACACCAUUCCCUGCAAAAGACCUCUACCUUGAGGCAGGGACCCCCCUCCACCACGUAACUACAACCAUUUCUCCAGACACACCUCCCCUAAUCCUCCCAAAGAGAGACCCCCUCCUCCUGGCACACACAGGUAGAAUGAAGAGAUUUUAGCCAGCUAGGACUCUGCACUGAGCUUUGCUAAGAGGGGCUAAUUUCUGUGGGACUCCCUCCCCCCUGCCAUUAGCCCAAUUUUAUCUAUGCAGCAAAUGGGGGAAGGGGAGUUCACUGCCCCAUCUAGGGCAUCAAGGACAGGGAAAUGUUAAUUUAUUUUUAUUUAUAUUCCUGUAGCUGUCCCCUUCCCCUCAUCCACAUGUGCUGUGUAUUGCUCUUGCAUUAGCUUGUAGGCCACCUCAGCCCCUGCUUUCAAAGCUGUAACUA